AUGGCAGGCACGAGGAAUUACGACUUUCUGAUCAAACUGCUCCUUAUCGGCGACUCAGGCGUAGGCAAGUCUUGCUGCCUGCUGCGCUUCAGCGAAGACUCCUUCACACCGUCCUUCAUCACCACCAUCGGCAUCGACUUCAAGAUCAGGACGAUUGAGCUCGACGGCAAGCGGGUAAAGCUGCAGAUAUGGGAUACCGCAGGACAGGAGCGCUUCAGGACCAUCACCACCGCAUACUACAGAGGUGCCAUGGGCAUUCUACUGGUCUAUGAUGUGACGGAUAAGAGAAGUUUCGAUAACAUCCGAACAUGGUUCUCCAAUGUCGAACAACACGCCACUGAAGGCGUCAACAAAAUCCUCAUCGGCAACAAAUGCGACUGGGAAGAGAAGCGCGCAGUCAAGACCGAGGACGGUCAGGCGCUAGCAGACGAGCUCGGGAUCCCCUUCAUGGAAGUUUCCGCCAAGAGCAACAUCAACGUCGAGAAGGCCUUUUACAACCUCGCCGGCGACAUCAAGAAGCGCAUCGUCGACACCCAACAACCCCAGCAACAACAGCAGCAGUCUGGCGUGCAAGUGGGCGGCGGCGCAGGUGGUGUAGGCGGUGGACUGGGCAAGAACUGCUGCUGA